UCGCGAUCUUGCGAGACGGUCCGGCGUAGCCUCAACGACGGUACAACACCAGCACCUGGGCCCCACCACUGACCUGAACCCAUUGGCGGUGAUUGUCUUGAGGGAUUGACCCUUCUAGCAGUCGUCAAGAUGUCUCAAACCCUUGGUCUGACCAAGCUCGCCUACUCCCGAGUAUGGCACUCCGUUUCCGCCUCCACCCCCCACCAGACUCUCUCGACCCAACCCGGCGUGACCCCCCCUUCACUCGGCCGCCUGGCGUCACGUAUUGCCGUUCUCCUGAUGGGCAAGCACAAGCCCAUCUUCGAUCCCUCAACCGACUGCGGCGACUACGUGGUGGUGACCAACUGCGCUGCGCUGCACACGACCGGCCGCAAGAAGUGGCAGAAGCCUUACUACCGACACACGACCCGCCCUGGUAGCCUCAAGACGGUGACUAUGGACGUCUUGAUGGAGAAGCACGGUGGUUCCGAGGUGCUGCGCAAAGCCGUCAGUGGCAUGCUACCCAAGAACCGACUACGAGACAAGCGAUUGGCACGCCUCAAGGCUUUUGAGGGUGAGGCACACCCGUACAAGGACAACUUGAUACGGUUUGGUGGCAAGGUGGUGGGGAAGGACGGCUGGGAACAGGCGGUGGAGAGACUACGUGCCACCGACACCAAGAGGUUAUAAGGGAACAAAUGGCGGAAGGUUAACGGCGGCGUUGUAGAAUAGCGUGACGGACUGGAGAAGUCGUGUACUAUCUGUACCAUAUUGUGGGCAUCUCUCAUGACCUGGAAAUCAAGCAAAUGGCAACAACAUUUUUCACAACAUCGGAGAACAGGCUGUGGCGUGAGAGGAACCUGCUACGUCGGACAACAACGUCGAAAUGAUGCAAAGGGGUGGGGCCUCAAAGCCAGCAAGUAUUGAACCCUCAAAGCAAUUGGGACUCAUAAAAAUUAUACAGCUCCUAGGAAGAGCAAUUAUCACAGACGGCUGAUUCAAGG